UUCACACACUUUUUUAUUUUCUUACCUCGAGUAGUAUUUAAUUUCCUUUUUUUUUUCUAGCGUUUUGGAGUAAUUAGCAAAAGACUAUACAGUAUCGCCACUUCACCUGAGGAGCAACAUCCGCCGCCGCCAACUCCGUAAUUUUCCGAUCAACUCAAUCUCUUUCCUCUCUGAAUCGUCGACUUCGGUGCAGCAGAGGUGAAAACCUUAAUGGAAGGGGAAACAGCUGAUGUAAAAGGGACACCGAAUAGCUCCCUGUCGGUUGUCCAUGGUGAUGGCGUAAGUGUAGAAGAGUGCCAAAAGAUGAUCCAGCGAAGCUUGCGAACUCCAACGGUGAAAUUUCUGAUGGGGCAUUUGGAAAAAUCUGGGUGUAGCAUCGGCGAUAACUUCAUAAAAGCCGUUGAUUGUAAGCAGCAAGUUAGCGGUGGUUAUACUCGUGGUGGAGGGAUAAUGGUAUGUAGCAAUUACAUGAACAUGCAAGAUGAAGUCAACCAAGUUCUGAUCCAUGAGCUUAUUCAUGCUUAUGAUGACUGUACUGGUAAAAACUUGAAUUGGGCUAAUUGUGCUCAUCAUGCUUGUAGUGAGAUCCGCGCUGGUCAUUUGAGUGGUGAUUGUCACUUCAAACGAGAGCUAUUGCGUGGUUAUAUGAAGCUUCGAGGCCACGAACAAGAUUGUGUUAAAAGAAGAGUGAUGAAAUCGGUGAUUGCUAAUCCUUUUUGCUCUGAAACAGCUGCAAAAGAUGCAAUGGAAGCUGUUUGGGAUACUUGUUACAAUGAUACACGACCCUUUGAUAGAGCUCCUUGAGAUAGACUGACAGUUGCAGUUGGUUACACAAAAUUAAUUUUCAUGACAUUUUUGUUUUCUGAAAUAGUUUUGAUAAAGCUUCAAUUGCAGAAUGGAAGUAUGGAACCAAGUAAUUGCUGCAGUAAGUGAGGUAGACAGCUCCUAUAAGCUGAAUCUCGAUUUUUUUUUAUUUUUUCCCGAUAAUUACUGCACACGAAGGCAAUUUGUAAUUGUUUAUAUCUGAGUUGUGUACCUUACCUUUUGAGUUAUAUGGAACUCAGGUUGAAUUUUUAGUCCA